AAAAACGAAACAAAAUGUGGCUGUUGAGUUUCAAAAUUGUGAUGUUGCUUUGCACAUUAUUACUCGCCUUAUCAGUGCAGCUUUGUUCUGCCGCCUAUUAUGCGGACAAUGGCGUGGACCAGACCAUCAUUUACCGCACGUUACCGAAGUCUGAACGGCGUGAAAUGCAGCAGGAAAUCUUGAACCUGUUGGGCCUCGAUCACAGGCCCAAGCCGAAGAUCCACGAGCGGAGAUUCUCCGCACCACGUUACCUGCUCGAUCUCUACAACUCGUUCAAGGAUGAAGACAACGGGGACAUUCACCUCGACUCGGCGAAGGCACACAAUGAGUUCAUCACGAGCAACCAAAGCUUACGGAUGAUCAACGAUUCCGAUGUUAUCAUUAGCUUUCUCAACCAUGCUCAUCACCAUUCACUUCACCUACGCCAUGACAAUGAAAAACGGUUUUGGUUCGAUGUCAGCGAAGUGUCUCCUGCAGAGAAAAUUCUCAAGGCAGAACUCAACAUCUACCGAGAGGCUACGGUCAGUAGUUUGCCAGAAGACCACACAUGCACGCUUGAGAUCAGCAUACUGAGACACGGCGUCAAAAUCGAAGAUGUUAUACUCCAGCACGUGGACAAUCUAACUAUAGAUGCAAAAACUCACGGGUGGCUCACAUUUAACGUCACUGAACCCUUUCUGACGUGGGUGGCAUUCCCUAAUGAGAACAUGGGUCUCUUUUUGCAGAUUCACUGCAAAGCAUCAGGCCACAGUAUGCACCCCCACGAGUUGCAUCCACAUGAUCUCGGACUAGUAGGGUCAGGGGGCCGCAGUGACCUACAACCAUUCAUGGUGGCCUUCCUGCGGGACGGGGGACCCAGCCGUCGCCGCCACCGUGUUACUCGAGCUACUCGCAAGCGCCACAGCGCUGAUGUCAGCUACAGCGGUCGACACGAGAAAAACCCAUACUUUGACACACGACCGAUUGGACGAAGGAACAGCUGCCAAAAGCGAAACUUGUUUGUGAGCUUUAAAGAUCUGGGGUGGCAGGAUUGGAUCAUAGCGCCGGACGGGUACACGGCUUUCUACUGCGACGGCGAGUGCUCGUUUCCACUCAACAUGAAUGCUACUAACCACGCCAUCGUGCAGACCCUUGUGCAUCUGGUGGAUCCCGCUCAGGCACCCAAGCCUUGCUGCGCACCCACUCGCCUGUCGGCUAUCAUGGUGCUCUACUUCGACGACAAUUCCAACGUCAUCCUCAAGCGCUACAAAAACAUGGUCGUCAAAGCUUGCGGAUGCCAUUAGGCUGCUCUCUUUUCUACAAACGCGGUGCGAGCCACAUUUUUCAGAUAGGUCAGUUGUUUGAGGGAAACUUGUCACGGGGAUCUAGUGGUUUCAGCACCCGACUGCUGACCCAAAAGGGUAGAGAUGGAAUCCGGGCUGUGGCGGCUGCAUUUUCAAUGUAGGUGAAAACGCUUGAGGCUCGUGUACUUAGACUCAGGUCCGCGUCAAAGAACCCUAGGAAGUCGGAAUUUAUGGAGCCCUCCGCUACGGCGUUCCUCGUUGUUUUAUCCUGGUUUUUUUUUUGCGUGUUCAACCACAACAGUAAUUAUUAUUAUUUUAUUCGAGAGCAUCACUUCUGAUGUGGGCUGAUAGAGAAAGCAGGCAGAAGUCAGUGCAAUGAAGGAAAUCUAUAGGAAGGUGCAGUCCUUGUUAUUGCAUCAUUCCCACCAUACGGCAACCUUCAAGCGCUGAUCAACGAAUUUAUAUUUAAUGCUGCAUCAUGGCAAUUAUCGAGCACACCUUGCUUCAGUUCUGCUGUACUCACCAGAUUUUAUGCUUUGAUUGUCAAUGUAAAGGUCAUUGCCAACUGGCUCUAGUAAGAUUUCUCGAAUUACCAUGAGUGCAGUUUCCGUCUUAUUGCAAAGUGUAUCAUUAGGAUGUGCAGCAGAAAUGUUGUGAAAUGUAUCCACAGCGGGGCAUUCUUAUGCACCCUAUACACUAUGUGGAAGUAAAUUGUUGUUUAGAGUAGUUGAACAAAACUAAUCUUAUUGCUUUUCAACCAGCAGUGUUUCAGAUUUCAACAGUGACUUGAAAUGAAACUUAUGUGCUGUUUGAUAGGGAAAGACACAGAAAUCUUCCUCUGUUUCUGUCGAUACUUUCACUAUGAUCAUCUUUGAGGUGGUAAUAAGCAUAUGCAGGUCAGCUUACACAGACACGUCUGUGUAACACAGAUGGCUAACAACAGUCCAAAAGGCAUUAAAGUUUUUCGCAAACAUUGCAUAAGAUGUGAUACUGGACCUGCAUAACUAAUGCUUUAGUGCCACUUCAUCCUUCUGUAAUCGUGGGGGCAUUAGUGGUGCACUUCUGAAUGAAGUCUUUCAAAGCCAUAUAAUAGACUUAAUCAAAUUGGUGCAUUCUGCAAGUUUUGCUUGCACAAAAACUUGUCUUCCUGCUUCUUUGGCCCAGCAUUUUAGGUCAUGGUAGCUAAUGAAUAUUAAGCCAGAAUAAUUUGGACAAAGUUUGGUCCACUCAAAUUGCUGUGAUAUGUUAGUGCCUAUUAGACUGUGUACUAUUGGCAUCCGAUUCCACUGUUGACCUCCGCAGUUGGCUGCAACAGUUUUUAGAUUGCACAAUGUUUCGAUAAGAUGUUGUGUACCAAUGUAAUUGUGACUUCACUAGCAUUAUAUCUUUAUUCUGAAUGUUGGAAUGUUAGUGCAUUCCUGAAAUUGAGCCUUUGAAAACCACAGAGCAGACUCAUUGUCACUUGGUGUGUUGCGUUCAGUAAGAUUUUACUUGUAGAAAAUCUGUCUUCCAGAUAUUUGUCUUCCUGGCUUAGGCCACCGCUGUUUAAUCCAGUGUAACAAAUGGGUACAAGGUCAAGACAGGGACCAACUUUAUAGGGACCACACCAUAUAGUGUGAAAUACAGCAAGCACGUCUACCGGUGGAAUCUAAAUGUGUAGUUUGCUUCAAGAGGGAUAUACAAAAUACUUGGCAGAAAACAUGAGAGGAAUGUCUUUUUGGUAUGAUUACCAAAAAGUGAGCAACUUGCAAGCAAGUCUGCACACUUUCAAGCUCGUGGCCUAAAAGCACCUUCAGGUAUUUUACUUAUGCCAGCUAGCACAAACACGCAUCACACUAUAAACCUUCAGGCCAUGAGAAUGCAAAAUCUAUUAGUACGUAUCGUGCUACUACUAAACUGUUAACCAUUCUGUGGCACCUACCUACAAGCGAAAGAAGUCCAUUCGCAUUGUAAGUACUAAUAGCAAAUUCUAAAGUGUGGUUUUAUUUUUACUGUUUCACAUCGCAAUGUUAAUGAUGCCACUAGCACAAAACUUGUUGAAUUCCUGCAAGAUUAUAGACUCGAUCAAUUUGUGUACACGAUAUUGCACUGUAAAAGAAUAUGCGAGAGAUAUGCCUUAAUUUUAUGUGGGGUGUUGUGCGCACCAAGUGCCAAAAAAUUACAGGGUUCUGCUAAACUUCGAUUUUCAUACUGCAAUAUAUCGACAUUGUGCACUUAGUGUAGGAAUGAGUCCAGUAGUAAAAUAUUGUUUGCAUUAGGGCCACUGAGCGGUCAGGUGAGGCUUGUAGGUGCAGCUUAUGGGCUUAGGCAAUCUGCUGCAAAUUCGAUUCCCCGGCCUUGGCAGUUGAUGGCAGAGUAAUGCAGAAAUUUCCUGAGGGAGAUGCUUUAGAGGCAAAAAUAAUCUGGAACUUUUCAAAUAAUGUUGUCUCUCAGAAGCUUUUCAGUGUGUUUAACCAUUAAGCUUAAUUAGCAAAUCAAAGUCUAGCCUAAUAAAUGACGAAUGGUUGGACACUGCCCCAAGAUUGUAGGAUCACAUUUGCGUGAAACCAACUUGGAUUUUAUGUAAUCCUGACGAAAGGGCCAAAUGUUCAAUGUGGCUAGGCUGUUGGGCCUGGUUAGGUUUGUAGUACAGUACUAUUGUAUGCCUCUUUUUGUACCUUGUUGCCCUCUAUCGAACUUUUUUUAUUUGCUUCGUCCAAAGCAACGAGAGCUUACAUAAAUAUGAUAACUUGCAUUGUGUGUUGGACUAUGAGUGCGAGGUUCCAAUGUCAAGACCAUGUGUUUUAGAUCAUUAAUAUCAAUCGCCGAUUGUUUCCUGCUGUUCUUGUUGAAAGGGGACCAUUAGUCCUCAAGUGCUAUUGAAAUGUACUAAUGAACAAUGUGCACAUGUGUUCCUUGCCAGGCUGUAUAUAUAUCCACUUGAUUAAUGCAUUUGUAUGACUUUUAAUGGUUUCUUACAUAUUCCUCUGCGCCGCUUUUUGCUUUUGUCUACAAAGUCUUUUUAAAAUCAAAUUAUUGAUGGCACGGCAUGGGACCUUGGUAUCAAGGAGGAACCAAAUUCGUUAAUCUUUCAUCGAAACGGCCACACCUGUGUAGUGUAUCAUCUGUUAGGAAGUAUAUAUAUAUAGAUAUUUAUUCUCAGCUUUCCUGUACUUUUUACAUUAUGGAAUUUGAGCUUCGCAAACUUAUUUAGGGCAGUGCUUUGAAAGUGUUGCCCUUGAUAUUGUGUGUGCAAUGUUAGGUUUAAUUUGCAAAUUGAUCAAAAGAGCUCCAUCUCUUUUCUUCAUGAGGCAAAAACAUGGUCACACUUUGCAACAAAGCAAUAUCAACAUACAGGCAUUUACUUCUUAUGCGGCAUUGUUGUUUGUAUCUGUAUAUGUUACUCGUUGUUCUUUAGUUAGACCAACAUUACGAAAUAUUUGUUGUCCAUUGCAUACUCACUGAAUAAUAUGCGUAUUGCACUGUCUGCAUAAACUAGGCAAUAUAUUUUGGCUAACGGCCUCCCGAUUUGUUGUCACAUUACAGCUACUACUCACAUUGUUGUUUGUUGCUUGUAGAAUAAUGUGACAGCCCUUUUUCUUUUGUGUGUGUUUAGGCAUGCCUAGCAGCGUAAAUUUUAUUGUUUAGCUAACUGUGCCUUGUAGGCAUUGCUUCUCAGUUUUCUUGUAAUACUCCUUUAUUUUUUAUUUACUUCACUUUUUACUGCAAUACUCUACACAAUUUACAAGUUUCGCAGCAUCACUAUAGCUGCGGUGGCAAGAGAAGGCUGGUGUAUUUUCACAAGUCGGGUGCCACGUAACAUUCUGUGUCGUCAUUCUCAAGUUUGCAUCUAUUAUGUUCGCAGGAUGUCCAAGGAAAGAUGCUACUCGAAAAAACAAAGAUUUUUUAUUCUGUAGCCAAGGGCAAUAAAAUUUUUUCUGUUUCCAUAAGUUUUUUAUGCUGAUUUCAAAUAUGAAAUCAGUUUUACGGCAAGUUGCCUAGUUUUUGCCCUGUACCAUGAUAAUGUGUAAAAUAUAGCUUUUUUUGGGCUGACUUUUUGUGCUACUAAAAUUUUUUAAUGAUUUGCCUUUAAUGGCUCAUAUUUUUUACAUUGAAAUAAUUACCAUGAAACUGUAUAUAAAACACUUAAAUGAACAAGAAAAAUUGUUAUGUGCAAUGUUUUAAAAUGCUCAGCCCAUACUAACCACUUACUUUAAGUUCAUAAUGCAGUAGACUCUCAAUAAAUGGAAAGUAGAGAAACUAAAGUGCUGCUUAAGCAGAGCAACUGCCUCUAACGCGAUUGGGUUUCCUUUUUGUGCUUUGCAGCCUUGUUCAUCUCUUAGUAAAGGAAACUCCUGUUAAAUGGAACAUAUUUUCAUGGUCUCUUCAGGUUUCAUUUACUGAGUCUACUGUACUUAUAUAAGUGAUGUCAUGUUUUAAAGAAGAUAAUUGCACUAUUCACAGAACAUUCUGCAAAAAUUUUAUUCCAAUCUGGUCAACAGAAGUACCAAAUACAUGAUGUACUGUACAAAUAGAAAAAGUUGCCUGAAAUUGCAUCUCAAGAAAAACGUAUUUUAAAUGUAGAAAUGAAAGCUCACCUGUGUGGCAAAGAUAUGUGUUUCAAGAUGAUUUAUUCUAUUAUGAGAACUUGGGAGUCGUGGUUAGUUUGAGCAUGUGGCUUUUGUGAACCCCUCAUGCAAAAUGCAAUGGCAAGCAGCCUGGUGACAGUUUCCAGGGCACUCUAGACAAUCCACUCUUUUCAGUUUUUAAUGGCCACCUUGAGCCCUUUAGAGGUGAUUUUAACCUACCUCCAGUUUAACUAUAACCUGAAUUACUUUCUUAUGAAUGUAAAGAAACUAAACUUGGGAAAGUAAUUAAAACAAAAAAUAUGCAAUUUUGAAAAACUUGCAUUUUUGAGUAGCAUCUCCUCUUAAUCUCUCUGAGACAACUAUAAUUUUUUCAGGAAUAUAUCAGUGAUAGCUUGAAGAAUCCAAAGGCCAUCAAUUCCAAUUGUGUAACUUAUUCUGUCGAAUUUCACAGAUGUAUGCAUGUGUUAUCGGUUAGACUGUGCCCCUGUGUCAAACCCGUGUGCCGGUCACGUAAGGCCUAUCACACACUAGUUAUAGAACAGUUUUAGGGGAUUGUUAAUAAAUGUAGAAUCGUUUGAGUACUUUAGUCUCGAAAUAUUUUAUUGUAAUCUUGGAACUUUCGAGAAUCCAAAGCUGUCAAUCGCAUGCUGAAUCCUUUACAAAAGUUUCCUAUAUAUUCCUAAAAACUCAGCUGUGUAUACAAAAAAUUCUCCCCUCUCUUGUUUAAUGGUUAUAUGUUCAGACUAUGAGUUACAUCAAAGGGACACUUAAGAAAAAAAAUGUUUUUUUUUUGUUAUUAUUAAGUUAAGUUACGCUUUCACAAUUCCAAAAUCUCCGUGCUCGCUGUGAGAAGACACUUGGUAAGCGAGAAAACAUGCAAAAAUAAAAUAUGGGUGGUGAUGCCACAUUGAAAUCUUUGCACCACAGGCCAUGACAUCAUAAAUAUUGACGGUGUUUACUAAUGCCUACAUAGCUUCUAACGGGUCAAGAUGAAGCACAGUAUCUGCUGAUGGUGACAGAGACUUGACAUACCUAGUUUCAAGAAAUUUUGUCUAGCUAAUGUCAGCCAAAUACGGCAAGUAGGUUUUGAAAUUCGUGACGUCACUGGCGCAGAUAUAGGCAUAAAAUUUUCAAGUGGUCCUUUGACAUUGAUUUUCUCAUCUAAUAAUGAACUUAAACAAUAUUAUAGUUCUCAGAGAACACUUUAUCUAUCUAAUUCAUUGCUUCGCUUUAGUGUUACAUUAAUGAAUAAAUUAUUUUUGCCCCAUUCUCUAAGAUGAAAUCAUCCUAAUUAAUUGUUUGCAAGCUUUGCUGAUUUUAAGUUCACUACCACAUUGUUAAGUUUCAACUCUCUUUUAAUUGUAUUUGCUGUACUAGCAUGCUCAGUCUUCUACGCAUUGUUUCUCUUUAUGUAAUCAUAAGAUUUCAAAUCCACACCGUACCACAGUAUCUCUUUUCUUAGUAGGCCUGAAAAUGUAAUGCUUUUGGGACCGCAUAUAGACCGUAUAAAUGUGCAGUCAAUUCACAAUCAUUCAUACUUUACUCAGUAACUCAACAUAUUGGUCAAUUUGAACUGAUCUUCAACAUUAGUUAGCUAUUUCACACAAUGUGGGGAUGGGUUUGCGUGAGGCCUACCCUAUGAGUGCGACCAGGAAGGGAUGUAAUGUUCCUUCACUGCUGCAGAGCAUGAAAAUGCUACAGCCAAGUUCGUCAACUCUCCGACACAGGGCAUAAGAGGCACCUGAAGCAGAUUGUUUCCAAAUACAGGACACAAGAUGCUGCGUAGUGCGACAUUCAUAGGAUUGCACGCGGCACAACACAUCUUGGCGAGGCUGGUCGAGUACGCUUCUAUGCGGUGCCACAGAUGCUACACAAAAAGGACCGCGGAGCGCACGAAUGAGAAGUCACCUGCAAAGAAAGGGCUUGAACCUCUCAUUGCAGGCAUGAGAGUAUCUGCCAUGUAGCGACCAAGUGCCCAGCAGAAAUGAACUCUGGUGGAGGGGUGACAAGGGGCUGUUGCUGGCAGCCAAUAGGGAAGGCGUUGCACCACGACGUAUGCUAGCGCAACGUGUGGCAUCAUGGCCAUGGCCACCCCAUUGCCGUACCGUGGCUGUUCCUGAUCGAUCUGCAUUGGGCCAGCACAAUGCACUAGCUCGGAAAGGAGAUGCAAGAGGGCGGCACUCCCAUUACACACGUCUUCAUUCUUAGCCACAACGCACUCUGUGCACUACCAAAGGCAACACAUAACCGUAACACUGCCGCAGGGGUUGGCUUUUAGAUUUGCCAUGUGUGUGUUGUGGGGUGAUGGUGGUGGUAUUACUUCUGUAUACAAUCGUCCUUGUCUUCAAAAGGUUAUGUAGCUGUUAGCCACAUCAUUGAGCCAUUUCAAAAAUUGCUGGUACUAUACAGCCAGAUGAUCAAAUGAAAGGAUAGAGUAAUUACAGUAGUAAAUUGUUUUGAAGUAGCUUGUAGUGCAUUACUCUUUAUGCGCAAAAUGCCAAAUUAAGUAGGGCAUGUCAAACAUACCUCACAAGGGAGCACUGCAUGAGUCGUGACUCUCAGUCCAGGACAAAACCUAAAAUUUAUUUUCCUGAAAUGAGAAUCGAAACCUCAUGCAGAAAUGUGACCAAUCUAGGAAGAGCCAAAAGAUGCAAGCAUUCAUAACCUUAUGGUAGCAUUUGAUCCUGUUAAUGCUGAAGCAAAACAGACCAACAGGUCCCGUAAUGGAGCGAGCAUUUGCAUUGGAAUUGAAGAAAUAGAUGAGAUGUAAGCAAGAAAUGUCCAAUCAAAAUGAUGUUUACAAAGCUCGAGUAAUUGAAGCAUGCUUUCGUUAGCUGUUGAAAGUGCCUCUUUUUGUUCGCUGGCUACGCUAUUUGGAGGUGCCAUCAGUUGAGCUGCACAAUAUUAUGGUAGCCCAAUGAUUUCUCAGUGCGCUUUGAAAACUCUUCAAAUAAAUUUUGUCAUCUGGCAAUCAGUAGUCCACAAGCGCAGUUCCAGCCCAUACGGCCCGAUGACCAUAUAUGACAUCACUAUGUUAUCUUUGUCACAGAACUCAGCGGUGCGAUGACCAGUCUUGUAUGGAAUUCUGCAAACUUAUCCAUGUGCUUUGUGAUAGGGACUUAUAGUUAUUUUUAGGUAUUUGUUUUAGCAUGAAGAACCAUGCUCUUUGGCAAUUUGAAACAUAGUGCUUGGUAAUUCGUAUCGACAUGAGUUGACUUUACAGAUUGUUGUUGCAUUUCUUCCCAUUUGUAGGUGCACCACAUGCUUUUGCUUGCAUUACAUGCUUUUGCGUAGGCGUUUUCUUGUCUUGAAACAGGAAGUGUCGUAUUGAACAUUUUCUCACAAUACAGCAAAGGACAUCAAUCAAGCUGCAGUGUUCAUAUGUUAUUGAUCUUGGCAAUUGUCUCUGCUGGAACAAAAGCUAGGUAUGUUUAGUUCUCGUAGUUCUAACAGGGAUUACUAUCCGAGUGCAGACAGUCCAACUUGUUGCAUUUCUUAAGUUUGAUCACUUUAGUCCAAAGUGUGACACGUCUAAUUUUUGGUUGCUAAUACUUGAAAAAUGCAGCAGUUCCUCCUUCCUUAAUUGCACCUAGAAAGAAAUGUUCUCUGAAAAAAAUUCUGGAACAUUAAUUCACCUCAAUAUUUUGUAUCAUGAAAGUUUCUAAGCUUUAUAACCCAGUUUGAGGUAAUGUUUACAGCUAAUUAGCUUUGCUAUGAAAACAAAUAAGCCUAUGUGCACAAUUGGUUCACUAAAAGUGUGUGGUUGACUCCUGUUACUGUGCGGUAUGCAAUUGUUGCAGGUAGGACCAUCAAAAAUCUCAUUAAUGCUACCAAACUAACAAAACUCCUAACUGUAAAUUAAUGCACCACUGUGCUCAAACAUUUCAAUUCUUGCUUCUUGCAUAAUUGUAGCAGUUUACAGUUUUUUAUUGUAUCAAUUUCGUUUCUGUGGUGGCAAUGGUCUGAAUAACUUUUGCACUUUUUGUAGGUGCUACAGUGCUCAAUCGAAUCAGUUCGACAGUUAUAUAGCUUCAACAUUCUGCUCAAUUUUUGUACAUGCAGUUCGCUGGUACUCCAGUAAUGAAAUUUCGCACGGUGCCUGCACUAAUCUGCUUUAUCUAAAACUGGGCUUCUUUCUCAGCCUUAACAGGACUGCCAUUGACUUUUGUCUCUCAUUGUGUCACCUAGUUUGAAAUGCCGCAUCGAUCUGAAAAAGCGUUAAUAGCGUAGAAUGUUUUGGUAGUAGCAGCAGGGCUGUACCUUAGCAUGAUGUUACCUUUCCUCAUUCAAUGCAGAACAAUUUGAAAACUUUCAAGCUGUGCAAGUUGCUCGAUGCUUAUGGUCACUUGAUGAGAUUAUUAUAGUGGUUAUUACAUGUCUUGUUGAUUGAAAUAGCGGCAUGCCAACCAUGACAGUGCAAUGUUUCCAUACUUACUGUAUAGUAAACCAGCGCUGCUAAAAGACUCUAUUAUGCUUUACCAUCUCACUUAUAGCUUUUGCCUGCGUUGAGCAAUUUCGGGCUUUUUUUAAAGCACUUUUUUUUGCUGCAGCAAACACUCAGCUGUUUUUUUUUUUAGGUAUAGCCAAAAUAGAAUGAUAGUGCCAAGUUUUGCAUGCAAACUUUGUUUGUACAUUAUUGCCAUUAGUGCCUUUUGACCUUGUAUUUUCUUUACCCGCAACUUCACCAAGUUGUAUGCCUCACUGAUAAGAAUUUAUUGCUAUCUGUGCAUGUAUUGUUCUUUAGUUUAGCGCUUUUUUCUCAUUUUGAAAUGGCAUUGUCGUAUUCAAGUAAUUCACGCCUUAUUCAGUAUUUUGCAGUCUGACUGAGAGCAUACACAACAUAGUCAUGCAUGUUGUAUUUAAGUUCCUUGCAAUGCCUCGCUGAAGUUCUGGGUUGCACUAUGAAAAUGUAUUGUAAUUCUGAAUAAAAUUGUACAUUCAGAUCAAA